UAGCUGUCCGCGGCGGAGGAGAGGCAGCAUUCAGCACCAGUCCUCUUCACUCUCUGACUCUCUCUCCCUCUCUCUCGCUCGCUCGCAGGGAAACUCUGCCUUUUAUACCGAGGCUAAAUUUAGGGGGGCCGGUCGGUGCGUACAGUCCUCAUCCUGGACGCGCUUCCUUCCCCCAGUCUCGCAUUGGUCCAGUUUCUCCAGCGAACAAUACUUAUAAGAAAACCAACUCCUACCAGUCAUAGAGCUGCACAUGACUCCGGAGCAGAAGCUCGUCAGACGGCAGAAGAAGCUUCGUUUUCUUUAGCUUCUUCUGGGGACUCGACGGACACUUGCUGAUUUUUUUGUAAAACAAAGAAGAGUGUUUUUAAAUAUUCAGGAAUACCAACUUUUUGUACAACGCAUGGAAAUGGCCUUGAGUGGGACCAUUUUACCAUCAAUCUCUACAUUUUCCAACCAAAAGGAGAAAUGCUGGGAAGAUAGGUGGAAGAGCGACAUGAGCGGCGUCGCUCCCGGCAUGGACAGCGGCUGUCUGGGCAGAAAAGACGACGAGGAACUGGAUAAGUUCUUGGAUCUGGAGUUUAUUCUCGCUAACACCGCCGGCUCUGACAGCGCGCCAGGCGGUGCAGCGACAGAGUCUUACCGGCUGCAGGAGAGCGGACCGGCCGUGUAUCACCAGCAACAUCAGCACACCGGGAUGGCCCAGCCGCAGCCCACGGCUAAUUACACCUCUGUCCCGGACAUGAACAGCCCUCCCCCGCCCUACAACAACAGCCUGAUGGCGGAGCUCCUUCGCUCCGACGUGGAUGCCAGCUUCUGCCCGCAGCUGUCCGGGAGCAGCCCCGGCAUCCAGGGCCGAUUCCUGGUCAGCUCCGCGCCUUUCCCGGCGGCCACUCAGGAUUUAUUCCCGGAGCAGCAGACCAUCAAAGUGGAGCCCGUCUCCCCUUUGGACACAUACGGACCUGUGAUGGGUCUGGUGCCUCAGAGCUGCACCAAAAUCAAGCACGAGGGCAACAUCUCGUGCAUGAUGUCGUUCGAUCAGCAGCCGCGGCUGGCCAACUCCCCCCAGGCUGCGGUCGGGAGCAUGACGCCGCCGCUCAGCCCGGACGACCUGAUGAGCUCCGAGAUGUGCCCGUCAGGCUCCCUGACCUUCCCGCAGAGCUUCCACCCCCACCACCGCGCCUCCCCCGGCGGAUUCCCCCACCCGCACCCCGGGAUGCAGCUCACUUUCCCCGGGGGGCACCACCACCACCAGUUCCCCGGCAUGUACGGAGAGGACACGGCCAUGGGCAUGCAGCAGCAGCAGCCGGCCGGCCAGCGCGUCCUGCUCACCCCGCCCUCCUCCCCGCUGGAAAUGAUGGACAGCAAACCAAAGAGGGGGCGCCGGUCCUGGCCAAGGAAACGAACGGCGACACACACCUGCACUUUCGCCGGAUGUGGCAAAACGUACACCAAGAGCUCCCACCUGAAGGCGCACCACAGGACGCAUACUGGAGAGAAACCGUACCACUGCAGCUGGGAAGGCUGCGGCUGGAAGUUCGCCCGCUCCGACGAGCUCACGCGCCACUUCCGGAAGCACACCGGGCACCGGCCGUUUCAGUGCCACCUGUGUGAGCGCGCCUUCUCCCGGUCCGACCACCUGGCCCUGCACAUGAAGAGGCACUUGUGAGGAAAGUCUCCAAGGACAAAAAGGAAGAAAAGGACUUCUAUGCACAGCGACAAAAAUCAAACCCCAAAUGAAAAAGAACUAUAGUAAUCCUAUGAUAAACUUAAGAAGGACGUUGUGCAAAUAUCACAUCAGAACUAUGACUCCCUACAGGAAUGUUAUAUGAAUGUUAUAUUGAUACUGCAACAGAUUAAAGUCAUAAAGUACGAUAAGGUCACCACUGAGUGCCAUGGACAGACUCUGUCCCUAUAUAGGAUUAUUAUAGGACUGUUAUAGCGAUUUUUCAUUAGGGCGAAACCAGCAUCAGCAAGAGAUGCACUCCAAAUAUUGUUUUGUAUUUUUAUUCUGUCUAUUUAAAUGAUAUUUUUUGGAAUAAGAGAGAAACAGCAAACAAAAAAGUGACCACAAAACAACAUGCAAACCCAGUCAGAUUUGACAGAAACAGUUGAAUUCUGUUCAGACAUGAGUUGUGUUUUUUAUAUGUAGCUGGUACUACUUCUUUAUAUGGAAUACUGUUUUGUAAACACCAAAAAGAAAAAAAAAGGUGCAUUCCACUCAACAUGUCAGGCAGGACCUAUAAGCACACGCCACUGAAGCAACUGGAAGCAGACAAUCCUUUGAAGAGCAAUGAUAUUUCUUUCAUUUUUAAAAAAAAAAAAAACAACAAUGUAUUUUCACCAUUAGUGCCUUUUAUAACGUAUUAUUACACAUCUUACGAGUGCCAUAUUCUCCACUGGCUAAAGACAAUCAAAGUUUUAUUCUAUGUUGUUAUAGUGUAAGUGUAAACAGCACAUGAAAAAAAAAAUAAGCUUCAAGACAAUGUUUUGUUCUAAAACUGCCUUUCAGUCUUUCCUCCUCGAAGGCUUGAAUUGAAUGUUGUGUCUGUGAGUUGCAUCUGUCUGUCUGACCGUCUGUCUGUCUGCAGCCUCAUAGCAUUUGAAGUCAGGGUCUCAGAAUAAAAAAAAAGAAAAGAAAAGAAAAAAGAAAUAAAACUAGGAAGUCACAGAGUGCAUGCCAUCUCAACAUGACGUGAUUGUCAAAGGGCUACACACUUAGUCUUUGGCGUUAAGACUUGUUUGUUUGUGUCGAGUAAAUGUUCUGCCUUGUAAAUAGGAUCUUUUUUUAUAUAAUGUAAAUAGUUUAUUUUAAUGUACAUAUUAAACUAAUUGAACGACA